CCCGGCGGCCCCGGGGCGCGCACGUACGAGCCGCCCCGCCGCAGCCAGCCGCGUAGCCCGCCGGUGGCGCAGGUGUCUGGGGGACCCCGAGCGCCUAGCCUGGGAGCAUGAUCGUGGACAAGCUGCUGGACGACAGCCGCGGCGGAGAGGGGCUGCUGGACGCGGCCGGCGACUGCGGCCUCAUGACCAGCCCGCUCAACCUGGCCUACUUCUACGGCGCCUCGCCGCCCUCCGCCCCCGGUGCCGGCGACGCGGGCUACCUGUCCGCCGUGCCCUCGGCGCCCGGCUCGCCCGGCUCCGACUCUUCCGACUUCUCCUCCACCUCCUCCGUGUCCUCCUGCGGGGCCGUGGAGUCCCGCCCGAGAGGCGGCGCCCGCGCCGAGCGCCCGCAAGUUGAGCCCCCCAUGGGGGUUGGCAGGCAGCAGAGAGGACCUUUUCAGGGCGUUCGCGUGAAGAACUCGGUGAAGGAGCUCCUGCUGCAUAUCCGAAGCCACAGACAGAAGACGUCUGGCCCGUCCGUGGAUGAGUUUAAGACACAGAGUGUGAACAUUGAGCAACUCACAGAAUUGAAGAGCACAGUAUCCACUGUGGGGAAAAGGAAGGAGACUGAUACUCUGUCUGAUGGACCAGUUUGCAAAAGGCCAGCUCUGUUGUCUACUCACUUCGUGACAUCACCUCAAACACCUGCACCUGGGGAGAGCAUGGAAGAUGUUUGUCGAAAUGAAUCCAAACUGGAUAGCGGUACUGAUCUGCUUCAGAGCAUUAUAAACAUCAAGAACGAGUGCAGCCCAGUUUCACUAAACACUGUCCAGGUUAGCUGGAUGAGCCCUGUGAUACCCCAGAACUCCCCGAGAGACCAGUGCCAGGAUUUCCAUGGAGGGCAGGUCUUCUCUCCACCUCAGAAAUACCAGUCAUUCCAAGUCAGUGGCUCUCCACAAAUGAUGGACCAAGCUUCUAUGUACCAGUAUUCGCCACAAACCCAGAACAUGCAGCUGCAGCCGCAGCCAACGCCGCCACAGCAGCCGCCACAGCAGCUGCCACAGCAGCUGCCGCCACAACAGAACUACCCCCACAACCCGGCCCUGCAGUUCAGUUCUUAUUCCACAACAUCCCAGUCUCCCAAGUAUGACCCAAACCUCUUUGAUAAUCAAGACUCACCGUUCUGCACGAGCCAGAGUUUUGUGUCUCUUCUGAGCGGCCAUGGGGAAUCUGAGAAUAUUGCUGUUCCCAUUCAGCCUCCCCCCAGCGUCCCACAACAAAAUGAGACUCACCUGCAGAACUUCAGCCUGAUGCCGAACAGUGCCUGCGAGGCAGUCAGGGUGCAUGAAGCUGCCUCGCCCUCGUUAGGUACUUCCCUGUCUCUCCAGAACAUCAUGGGAAGCCCGAUGAACACCACCCAGCUAGGGAAGUCAUUUUUUCAGUGGCAGGUAGAGCAGGAAGAAAGCAAAUUGGCGAAUAUUUCUCAAGACCAGUUUCUCUUUAAGGAUUCAGAUGGUGACACGUUUCUCCACAUCGCGGUCGCCCAAGGGAGACGAGCACUCUCCUAUGUUCUCGCCAGAAAGAUGAACGCACUUCACAUGCUGGAUGUUAAAGAACACAACGGACAGAGUGCCUUUCAGGUGGCCGUCGCUGCCAAUCAGCACCUCAUAGUGCAAGAUCUGGUGAACCUUGGUGCCCAGGUGAACACCACAGACUGCUGGGGAAGAACACCUCUGCACGUCUGUGCGGAGAAGGGCCACUCCCAGGUGCUCCAGGCAAUCCAGAAGGGAGCAGUGAGGAGCAAUCAGUUUGUGGAUCUUGAGGCAACUAACUAUGAUGGCCUGACUCCCCUCCACUGUGCGGUCGUGGCUCACAACGCUGUGGUGCAUGAGCUGCAGAGGAACCGACAGCCCCAUUCUCCCGAGGUGCAGGAUCUUUUACUGAAGAAUAAGUGUCUGGUUGACACCAUCAAGUGUCUGAUUCAGAUGGGAGCGGCCGUGGAGGCGAAGGAUCGUAAAAGUGGCCGCACAGCGCUGCAUUUGGCAGCAGAAGAAGCAAAUCUGGAGCUCAUUCGCCUCUUUCUGGAGUUGCCCAGUUGCCUGUCUUUUGUGAAUGCAAAGGCUUACAAUGGAAACACCGCCCUCCACGUUGCUGCCAGCCUGCAGUAUCGGGUGACACAGUUGGAUGCCGUCCGCCUGUUGAUGAGGAAGGGAGCGGACCCGAGUACUCGGAACUUGGAGAAUGAGCAGCCGGUGCAUUUGGUUCCUGAUGGCCCUGUGGGAGAACAGAUCCGACGUAUCCUGAAGGGGAAGUCCAUUCAGCAGCGAGCACCACCAUACUAGCUCCCUUGGCAUGGAGCCUGGCCAGCAACACUCACUGUCAGUUAGGCAGUCCUGAUGUAUCUGUACAUAGACCAUUUGCCCUGUAUUGGCAAAUGUAAGUUGUUUCUAUGAAACAAACACAUUUAGUUCACUAUUAUAUAGUGGAUUAUAUUAAAAGAAAAGAAGACAAAUAUUUAAUUUUCUUGGCAGAUUUGCGUAUUUCAUACCCAGGUAUCUGGGAUUUAUACAUCUGAAUUUGAUCUGAAUGGUAAAAUUGCCUUCAAUAAACAGGAGGCUUGGGAUAGGAAAAGACUCAUGGGAAAAGACUUGAUUUGUGGCAUAAAGCAUUGCUCUUGUGGCUGUUGCCAGUUUCAAAUUAGGCGGACUGGAAACAUGAAAAGAAAAAUGAAAGCAUUUGAGAGGGGACAAAUAAUUUGGAUGUACUGUUGAUGCUUCUUUGGUCCAAUGCAGGAUCUGGUGGUUAAAUACUCUCACUCUUGAACUAGAUGAGAGAGGCCUCUGUGGUUAGGAUGUGAUCUCUGAAGCUGUAUAUAAUUGUUAUUUUUACCUUUAAAAUGUACAUAUUUGAUGGUUAACAUGGCUGUUUGAAAUGUGUAAAUCAAUAAAAUAGAAAAGAGCUAGUGAGUUGUUGCCACUUUUAAAAUUAGGCACACUCAAAGCAACUUUGUGAUCAUCCAGCUAUAGUUUUCAGAGAUAAAGCACAUGGAGAGUGGGUCCCAAAGUUGCUGUGUUUGGUUUGCAAAUGGGCUUCUCAUGCAUUGAAAAGAGACGCAUUUGUACAUUAUUGCGUGUGCUUGAAGAGACCCCUCUUAUGAGUCACCACUUAGAAUUUGUGAUUUACAUAGGUUGUUGAAGUUUUUGUUUGUCCUUUAAUAGAAAUUAUAAAAAUUCAACAUUGAAGCAUAACUUCUUGUUUCCUGUUGCCAAAUAGUAAUAAUGUGCUGUGAUGUUCAUACUAUUCAUAAAAGUGUUUUACUUUUUAGUAAUGUUAAUUCUUUCAACAUUAUUUUGCUUAUGUUUGAUAUACCUGGGAAGAAUAUAUUUAGUUUUGAUUGUACACUGAUUCUUUAUGAUAAAUAUGACCCAUUAAAAUGAUGUCUUUUAAUUGACUAACUUAUCUUUGUAGCUAAGUAUUCAUGUUCUUUUUUAAAAAGAUGCCCUUUGAAUUGGAUUGUUCAUAUUGUUUGAUUCAGCAUAUCUUAUAGAUAGAAGUUUGAUACAAUCACUUGGCACCUCUAAGGUGGAAUGAGCUCAAGUCACUCACUGACAAAAC